CAAUAAUGCCCAGUCAGGUUUGGCAAUCCGGGUAUAUAAAGGACGGGUAAAAGGUGCAACAGUUUUAUUUUACCAGUUCAUAUGAAUGAACGCUUCUGUAAAUAAUAAUAAUCGAUUGUGGGUACAUAUAUAGACUCACAGCAUUACAUGAGACAUAGUAUUUACUACACGAGGAUUAGUGACCUUGGUGAUGUGCGUGGAACGGGACGAGGUUUUCACACUCAGAGUUAUUUUGCUUGGGUGUGAAUGAAGGUCAGAAUGGGCUCAAAAACUGCAGUGGUUCUGGGUGGAACUGGGUCCAUUGGGAAAGGCAUUGUCCGCGCAUUGGCAAAAUGUCCACAGUAUGAAAAAGUUACCCUCAUUUUACGCAAAACAAUGGAUUUGCCUGCCUCAGAUGGAGACAGUAACUAUUCAAAAUUUGAACAAAAGAGCAUGGAUUUUGAAAAAAUUCCAGAGCAUGCAGACCUCUUUAAAGAUUUUGAUGUUGGAUUUUACGCAAUUGGAGUCAGCAGUGCUUCUGUUUCUGAAACCAUGUAUCGAAAGAUCGAGCUGGAUAAUGCUCUAGCUUUGGCCAAGAUGAUGAAGGAUGGGGACUGCAAAGACGUUCACUGGGUGACGGGUCGAGGCACAAACAAAUCAAGCUGGUUUUUAUUUGGGAAGGUGAAGGGUCAAGUUGAAGAGUCGGUGGGACAAAUGGGAUUCAAAAGAUGUUCAUUCUAUCGACCAGGAGGGGUUAUGACGUCGGAUAACUCUGGACACCUCGGCCCAAAGAUUGCAUUCGUCAUGAAGGCAAUCGAUUUUCGAAAUACUUUGACAAUUCAAGCCGACCUGUUGGGCGAGGUGAUUGUGGCGAAUUCACUCAACAAUGAGGCCAAGAAACCAGUGGAAAUAUUGGAAAACCCGGAAAUGAUUAAAAUUGGAAAGGCGUUAUCUAAGUAAUUAUUUUUACAUCAAUGUUGAUGCAGUAUAAAUAAUAAAUACGUUCAAUAUUACUACGCAUCUACAUACAUAUGUAAAUAAUUACUAUCUAUUGGUAUGAAUAUAAGGAAUGUAAAUGUUUCUCGAUAUGAUUUGUGUAGUGAAUUGAUGAUUUUCGACACUUGAAUAAACGUCAAUAAAGGGCAAUAAUUAACAGA